AUGCGAUUCGGAAAACGAGGGAAGCUAAGCCCUCGAUAUAUUGGACCUUUCGAAAUUCUCAAUCGAAUCGGUACUCAAGCCUAUCGCCUUGCCCUACCACCACAUCUAUCUGGAAUACACAAUGUCUUUCACGUAUCCAUGCUCCGAAAAUACCUUCCUAACCCCGACCACGUCCUUGAAUUCGAACCUAUAGACUUAUCCCCAAACCUAUCUUUUAUCGAAGAACCCGUUAAAAUCUUAGACCGAAAGGUUAAGAAACUCCGAAAUAAAGAAAUCCGCCUUAUCAAAAUUCUUUGGAAAAACCAUUCUCCGGACGAGGCAACGUGGGAACUCGAGGAUGAGAUUGAGAGUCGGUACCCGAACAUAAUAAAGAAAGUUUAA